ACGCCACCCCUCACCCACCCCUUGUUGCCCAGCGUCCACCCAUCCCCGCCACGGCCGCGGCCAGCCACAUCGGAUCGGCUGCCGGAGGGCACGAGUCCGCACGGCCGCCGAGGCAGCCGCCGGCCGCGUCUCUUUCUCGCUGCUGGGCGGGCGCGGGGAUGAGGCGGUCGUCGAGCGGGGCGCGCGUCGCGGAGGGAAGUGGCGGCGGCGUCCCCAGCGUGAGCGAGGCGGCGCUGCCGACGUACGACCCGCUGUCGGCGGCGGGACGGCGGGAGGCGGCGCGGGCGCGGGCGCUGGCGCGCGCCGUGCACUGCAUCCCCGUGGUGCUGCUCGUCUGCGCCUUCCUCCUCUGGCUCUCGGCGUCCUCCCGCACCCACCUCGAUUGAGAUUUAGUGGGAAUCUUUAGUGGAGCUGACAGCUAGAAUCUGGUUCUGUAAUACAAGUGAAGUAGCGUCUUAGUUCAAAAACAGAAGCAAAAAAAAAACAAAGAA